GCACCCUUUCUGACAUCAAUUUGUUCAAUAUUCAGCUUCAAUAUUUCUACCCUUUGACUUAUACGCAACUCCUUCAGAAAAACCCUUGGGAAAAUGAAGCCGUACUUAAGGAUGAUGGGAUGCGUCCCAGAAAUGAAUAUCUCACCACCAGACUCAGCAUCGCUUCCACUCUCACAAACAGCCUCACGUUCUCUUGGCUGCUCUCAUUGUUGUCUUCAAUACUCAUCGAGUUUCGAUCUAAAAGAUGCGUCUGCCUGCAAUUGUUGGUGCCGUUGGCCUUCUGGGCACGGUGGUUGAAGCUGCUCCCCGAGGUUCUUGGUUCAGUUCUUUCCAGCAGCGUCGAGUUGCUCGAUUUCCCAACGGAAACGCCUACGAUCCUCCCAGCUAUACACCCGUGAACACAUACACUCCUGCCAACACUUACACGGCCACCAAGAACACAACUACACCGACAACUCACUCGACAACUCUUGAGCCAAGCAUCCAAUGUCCUUCUAACUACGUGUUUGUCUCUACCAAGACUGUCGAUGUCACUGUCACCGUCACUGCUUCUUCCAAUGGAUCUUACUACACCACUGCUGUCUGCCAUGACUGCACCAAGACCUUGACUAUCAGCAACACCAUCUACGUGCCUCCUAGCAAGUAUGCUUCUACCAUGCCAUACGGCGAGCAGAACACUGGAUCUCCCUACCCUGCCAACUCAACCUAUGCGACGCCUUCUCAGACCAAGAACGACUAUCCUUACAUGAACUCCACUAUUGGAUACUCUGCCUCUACGCACACCGGUUACCAAACUCCGGGCCAGAGUGCAGUCUACAGCACUGCCGAUGGCUACGUCUCUCCUCCUGUUUACACUAAGCCGGUCUAUACCAAGCCUGUGUACUCGGACCCUACUUAUGGUAACUCCACUGGCACACAAUCAGGCUAUGUCCCUCCUGUGUAUACCAAGCCUGCCUAUUCGGUUGCUUCUGGUAACGGAUCAGUCCCUGUGUACACCAAGCCUGUGGACACACCGACCUACUCGGCUCCUGUUUACACGAAGCCUGUUCUUCCUGGCAACUCCUCGGUUGUUGACCCUCCUGUGUACACAAAGCCUGUUGAGACUCCCAGCUACUCUGCUCCUGUCUACACCAAGCCCAUCUUGCCUGGCAACUCUUCGACUUAUGAUACUCCCACUUAUACCAAGCCCGUCGAUAGCCCCGUCUACACGCCUCCGGUCUAUACCAAGCCAGCGUACUCUCAGCCUAUCAUCCCUGGCAAUUCAUCCACCGUUGAUCCUCCUGUCUACACGAAGCCUGUAGAGACCCCUACGUACACGCCUCCUGUUUACACUAAGCCGGUCUACUCUCAGCCCAGCAACUCGUCAACCGUUGUGCCACCAGUCAUCCCGACAACUAGUGACGAGGCCGUCUAUACCCCACCAGUCUACACCAAGCCCGCAUACUCGGUCCCUGGAAAUUCCUCAACCGUUGACCCUAUCAUCCCAACUUCCGCCAGCUCUGAUGAUAGCCCCGUCUACACACCGCCUGUCUACACUGACCCCGCUGUCAGCAGCGAGUCUUCUGAGUACUCUACCGUUUCCAUCCCAACCAACUCCACAAUCCCUCCUGUGAUCUCGACAACAUAUCAGGAUACCACCGUUCUUUCCACUGCUGAGAGCACGAUCAGCAGCUCAGAGGUUCCCCCUGUGAUCCCAACUUACCCAGCAUCUGAGGACAUUACCAGUACCCUGGAUACAACCAUCUACGAGACUGAGACCGAGACUCCCACGACGAGUGCUACUGAGACGCCCUAUCCCACACCAACUGGAGCCGACUACGAGCAACCACGACAAGGCGGAUUAGGUGCGGCUGUCAAGAUUGGGCUGGGACUCAGCGCUUGAGUCAGCAACGAUAAUACUUCGACGACAUAGCUCCUUUGUACAGACAGCAUUUUUGGAUUUGGAGUUAGUGGAUUUUAUUUAAUACCUAAUUGGGGUUUCGGAAGAGUGUGACAUAAAUGUAUACAUGGAAUGGCUAGGAUACGGGACAGUGGUCAAUACUGUUAAUCUAGAGGGAGGGAGUAUGAUGGAUGAUACUUCUUUUAUGUACUUCGCUUCUAUUUGUUCGAGUUAAAAGUCUAAGAUGUUAUGAAAAGAUUCGA